AUGAAUAUAUCGCGACAUAAGGAAAAUACGUUUGAUGUAUGUGACAUUUGCUAUAUAUUGCCUCAUCUAUCAAUGUUUGGUGAACUUAGAAAGGGAAUACUUGCAUUUUAUAUAUGUAUGCAUCUGCAGAAUAACAACACUCUGCUCCAGGAUAUGAUAAACUAUAAAAAUAAUUCUGCAGAACAUGCAUGUGCUCAUCCUACAAAGCUGUUUUCUUCAUUAUUAUUGAGCAAUAACGAAAAUGCAACUUACUUUAGAGAAAUUGCUAAUUCAUACAUCGUAUUCAACCUGAUUGAUCAAAAUGGAAAUUCUGCGAAAACACGCGGCAAUUCACUGAAAAUGUAA